UUCAGACUCACAUGAAUUUUUCCUCUCAUAGUGCUACUGGCAAAGUUAAUGAGCCAAAUCAGGGUUUCAAAAGUCGCCUAGCGCUUGAUGACAAAGUUUACAAAUCGGCGUCUGAAGCUCUAGAAGCUUACAUCGCUCAAUUUGAAGGAGGCCGAAGCUCUACGACUUAUCGACGGCGUCCUUCCGACCUACUUUCUCCGACGCCGAAAUUUUACUUUAUGGAUGUACAGGAAAGAUACCUAAGAAGUUCUCCUAGUAAAUCGCCAGCGAGAAAAGUGGAUGAACUUUUAGCGUGGGUAAACAAUGCCUAUGCAAAAGACUUAUCUAGUAAAGUAACACCGUUUGGAUACAGAACUACUACAAGAGUGCCUCGAUCUUCAGAUGAAGAAAAUAUGAACCCUCAGCCUGGACCUGGUCACCACUCCUACAUUGGCAAUGAUGAUGAAAUUUCUACUCUCCCUUCCCCUAGUUCAUCAGUAGUUGACCUAGAUAGUAAUGCUGGUACUGUGGAAACAGAGGUUUUGUUGAGCAGUUAUAAAGGAAGUAAACCUGCAGCUCCAGGUACACUAUCAGGAUCAUAUUCCAGCAAGGUAUUACCAGUGACAUCUCCAAAAACUGCCUCAUGGAAAACCCAUUCUCAAUCUGGUAAAACAGAAUAUCCCAGUUGGGUUUCCAGCCUAGGGAAGGAGUACCCCAGCUGGGUAGAGGACCUUGAUACCACUACAAGAGAGAACAAAGUGAAGUACAGCCCUGACGAGAAAUACUCCUCCAGCACCUCCUCUCCAUCAGGAACAUUUGUGAGAAAAAAACCGUUUGGACGUUCAUCACAGUCCAAAUCAGCUCUUAAAUUAUCAGAUCUACAGUGUAGCAGACUCAAAGACCCAUCAAGAGUAAAGAAAGCAGAGAGUAAUAUAAACGGAACUGACUGGAACGAUGGAGCAAGUACUGACACAGACAUGCUGCUUUCUCAGUCAGUGUAUGGACCGAACCCGGUCAAUAUGGGCGGAAACUUCCACAGCUCAUUAUACCAAGACAAAAAGGUUGCGCGACUGAAAAAAGAAUCCACGAAAAAGCUCAGAAAAAGCACUGGGAAGAUUAAAUCCAGAGAACACUCAACAGUAUCUCCAAGGAGGUCGAAAAGUCUGACUCUUUCACCUACAAAGUCUCUACGCUUUUCUGCGAGCAAUGAAUAUUCAGAAGGUAAAGAAGGCACUCCUCUUAGAAUGGCUGUCCCGAGGGAUUCCUCACCAGGCAGGAGUCCCUUCACCUCUCUACCGUCAAGAUACAGCAUACCUCUACAGAAUGAGAGAUAUGCGGGCUCAUCUGCAGAGUCUGCACUUCACAGUGCCUCACCAAAAAUGACACGGAAGUACGUAUCGCCGCCUGUUGUGACACGGUAUUCAAAGCUGCCUGUCAAAAAAGAGGAAGUAACGUUACCGUUAACGGCAAGGAGAGAGCCUUCUACUAGCCCUAGCUCUGCAACAUCUCCAUCGCGUGUGAGAAUCCCACUGAAGACACACUCUCCAUCCAGAAAUGAGGAAAGCGAUGUAGAAUCGGAGGACACGGACAGGGAGAUGCGUAAAUCACCAACAGGAAUUAAAAUGGAAAAGAUGUACAGAGAUCCUAAUACUAUGUAUCCUUGGAAAACGAUGAUUCAGAGUUCUAAAUCUCGAGACAGUGCCGCGGCUGAUCCAAAGCCACAGUAUUAUUCUACACCCAAAAUCUCAACAGGCAGGAAUCUUCAAAAGCCAUUUGGCUCUUCACUUAAGCAUCCAUAUUCUAGCAGAACUUCUUAUGGUGGCCUGCGUGGCGACCAAAGAGUGGUGUUUUCUGAACCCAGUGAGCAGCGAGAUGGAAGGGAAGCUAGAGCGCAGAAGGAGUACAAAUCGCCUAAUAAACCUGUUUUCGCUGGUUCAAGUUACCGGUCUAGAGAUGAGAAGCUUGCAAAGUCUGCUCCUGAUACAAGAUACCGCAAGCCCCCUAUUCCUACCAGGAGUACUGGAGGGAAGUUGAGCCACCGACGAAGCAAAACUGUUCCAGAUUUACGACGGGUUGCCAUGAGGUCAGCUUCAAGGCCAAGAAGUUCACGUCGUAGUCUUGAUGAUGACGUUGUCAGUGUAAAUACAGUGGACACUGAGACGCUUAUCACCCACCCACCCAUGCCUCUGUUUGAUGUUAGUCCUUCACUUACUACUGUCUCAGACAGUGACACAUUAGUCGAGUCUGAAACAGAGACAGACACACACAUAAGUGUUGUCGAAAGGAGUCAAAUGAGCCUACCUCAUGUUGCUGAUGUGUCUGACAAGUUUUCCCCAACAAGUGUGUUUGCUUCGACAAAUCCUCAUGCUGCAGUAAGAGAAGAACUCCCUCAAAGAUUUCACUUAUGGAAGCUAGAUGAAGACAUCAAAACUCCAGACAGUUUCAUAACAAGGCGCUUUACAAAUCCGAAGUCUGGAAUCAUUUCGUCAUUUCUUGACGACUGUUUGAGCGUUGAUAGCGAAGACAAAACAAUGAAAGAACCGAACGGUACUUCUACCAGUGCUGGGGGUGCUAUGAGACUCAGUGGAAAGGAAGCUGCCCCAGGCCCAGUGGAAGCCUUAAAACAAAUGCUUUUUACCAUGCAGGACAUGGCGCAUCACGAAACACUCGAUAAUGAAGAUUCAAGCUAUUAUAAGAGCCCCUCCAGUAUGGAUUUCAAGUCCAAAGUUAUGAAAGAUUCUCUAUCUUCAGAUGACCAAAGUGAAAGAGAUGCUGACAUAAUGCGCGGGGAGGUAUCUUUACAAAGGGCCUAUCAUCAUCUGGAAAGACUCAAGAGGCUUGUGGGAAAGGAAGAUGAUCGUUCGUCAAUUAGCUCCGCUAAUUAGAUGGCAGGCAUCUUGGAAUUUCAAUGCUUUUAUUGAAGAUCAUUCAACUAUAUCACUCAUUAGACAUUUUUAAUCACCAUUCUUUGUUUUCGUUUUGACAUUUCUGUUUAUUGCAACUGUCAUAGUGUCAAGCUCUGUUCGACAUUCAUUUGCUCUAAAAGAAUCGAAUGAACUUGCGAGUUGUUAUGUCUAAGUAUUUAUAGCUUGGUUUUGAAUGAAAAUUUCAUGCUUUUUAUCGCACUAUUGUGCACUAUUUUAUUGGUUUGCGCUUUGUUUUUUUUUUUUUUCAAAUACAAAACUUGUUUUGAACGCAUGUGAGCCACCUUGAACUAAAUUAAAUCCAAUUUACCUAAAAUGUCAUAGAUAACGUGUGAACGUGGCAAUUUUCCUCAACUGGAAAGUUGAAAGCUACAUAAUCUACGCAUGCGCACAAAAAUUACAGCUUUUUUUUUUCCACACCACCCGUUUUUGGGGAAGGUGUAGAGUGACACGCCGCAAAGAUGAAAAGAUAAUGUAAGAUCGAUAGUCAAACUGGAAAUCCUGAAAAAAGAUCAAACUCUUGUAUAGUGGUUUUUCAAAACUCCAUUGAGAAGUCAGGUUUGUUGAAGAAGAUUAGAUGAACCCACUACACACUUUGUUUUGACAGGCUGGAAGAACUGAGGUUUCAGUCAAUGCUCGGGUUCUCUUCUGUAAACCUUAAUUUGCAGUGAAGGGUCGGGUUCCUUGGGGACAUUUUAGACCUGACGUCCACCUUAUCAUAAUCAUUAACUGAUAUCUCUUAAUUACGCUACGGGAAUCAGAUCAGGGAACAGAUCUUGUCAACACAACACCAAAAUCAACACGGACUUAUUAAAUGAUAUUUUGAUUAAAAAAAAGAUUUUAAGGAAGUGAUUUUACUGAAAUAUUUUUCAUAGGCUUUAUAGAAGUUAUAGGGUUAAAUAUAUAUAGGGAUAUUUAUAUAUUAGCUUAUACUUAUUGCAAAUUUAUUAUACGACUUGGUGAAUUAAUAUAAUUGUUUCAAAACAA